AUGGAGCUUGAUAUUCCUUCUUUUCUAACGAAUGAUGAGCUUCCGUUUUUAAAUCCUCCUGACUAUUCGGAAGAUCAAGUUGAUUUACGUGAAAUACCUCAAAAAGAUGAAGAAUCUGCCUUAAUGAAAGAUUUAUUUUCUUGUUUAUUGGGUGGUGAUGGAACAUAUAUCAGAAGAACUAAACAAAAUAAGUAUCUAGUUCAAGCAAUUCUCAGAGAUUCAACUCAAAGUUUCAUAGAUCAAUUGAUUCCUAUUUGCGAUAAGUUUUAUUACUGCCAAAAGUUUUCAGAAACACAUUAUUACUUAAAAUAUGGGAAAAUCGUUCAUACGGUAUGCAAUGCUAUUCGAAAAUACUUAUUACAAUUUAUGGAACAAGUUUCCGAAAUUGAAGCUCUUCCUGUUAAAUCAUUACCUGUAAUAUGCAUUAACAUCUCGAAAUCUGCUGAAUUUUUAGAUGUUUUAAGCGAAAUUGUAACAAAAAUCGAAAAUCUCAAAGGACCAAAGAUUUGCACGAUAAUUCAUCAAGCUAUAUCUACAAAUAGAGGUUUACCUUACAUCAGAGAGCCCUUAACUGCUCUUUUCAACCAAUCUGUUCAACCAAUUUUAGAAUACAUUGAAAAAUGGAUUUAUGAAGGAAAAAUAGAUGAUCCUUACAACGAAUUCUUUAUUCAAACUAAUGAUAUCAGUCCAGACAUCCCAGAUCCACAUCGUACAUAUUGGAAUGAUCAUUUCACUUGCAACGAAGAAAAUGCUCCAAUGUUUAUCCCAAGUGCCAUCAUAAAUCUGAUUAUUGCUACAGGAAAAGUCCAAUCUAUUAUAGCAGAUUGCAACAAACAGCAGCUUAAACAAACAAAUAAAAUCACUAUUUCUUCAAUCCAAUACGAAGGCGAGCUCCAAGAGAUAUAUAAGUCUGCUUCUAAUAUUCUCAUAUCAGAAAUGUUUAGCCAAUAUCGUUUGAUGGAUAUAUUUAACACGAUUUGGAAUGUGAUUCUUUUCAGAAGAACAGAUUUAUUUAAUAUUUUCUACAGAGUUGCAGGUAAUAAGAUGAGAAGAGAUAAAAGUGAGAUCUCUCCUGCUGAUUUAGAAGACUUAAUGAGCAUUGUUUAUAAACCUUUCGAAUUCAUAUCAGUCAAACUGGAAAAGCAACAGCUUUUAUCAGUUUACACAACAAUCCAAUCUGUUACUAUUAAAGGAGCAACCAAACAGAAGAAUAUUAGAAUUACAUCAGGAACAACACAAUGGGAGUUCUUCACACUUGCUCCAAAGGUUUCUUGGCCAAUAAGUAUUGUAAUAAGCAAGGAAUUCCAAGAGAAGUAUGCUUUAUUCUUCAGAUUCAUUCUCCUUUGGAAGAGAAUUGAAAGAAAGUUCUCCAAUUUGUACAGUUUUGUAAAUACAUUUAUGAGGAAACACUCAAAGACAUCAUCAAUGACGAUUUUAAAGGUUUCUGCAAUUAGGUUUUCGAUUCACACCUUUAUAUCAUCUUUGAUAAACUUUAUCAGUACUUCAGUCAUUCAUCCAUCAUUCUCCAAAUUCAAAUCUGCAAUACAACAAUCAACAACUGUUGAAGAAAUUAUUGACCAUCAUAAUAUGCUUCAACAGUCGAUCCUUAAAGGACUUUUCUUCUUGAACAAAGAUGUCUUCAAAGACGUGAUGUAUAUUGCUGCUGUUUGUGAAAAAUUCGCAAGUGAAGUUAGAUCUUUCUUCAAAUCUAUUGAUAAUGACAUAACAACAGAAGAGCAACGUCAGAAACUUUCAGAUCCAGUUCUUUUGCAAUUCCAGAGAUUUAAGAAAUCUGUGAACGCUUUGAUCAAUAACCUCAAUGCAACAAGUAAGAAUGAAGCAUCUUCAGUUUUCACAGAUUUCGUGCUCACUGUCACAUGCAACAGAUUUUAUUUAACUCCACAAUGA